CGAUACGCUUCCCUGCUGUGCUCGCACGCCUCCACCACGCCUAAGGUUUCAGCAGCCCCAUUGCCUAGCAGCCACCUCGAACCUUCACCUGCAGCCUUCAGACGAAACUGAACUUUGCUAUCCACCUUCCAUUACACUCGACAUCGCCAGCAGACAGCGGCAUCUCGCGCGGUGAAACGCGACCCCACACCCAUCACACUAUGAACACGCGCAAUGGCACCCUGUCACCUGUCUCGACCGCCAGCCAGGACUGGUCCCCCAUCACCCGCUACCAGAACAUCGCCGGCGACAACCCCUACUCGCCCACCCUCCCACCAAACACCUACGGACCCAGCAACCCCGAUGGAGGCAUGCUCAAUGGGAUGCGCCCUGCAGGCAACGGCAACCCCUCACCACCGAGCUCAGUAGGGCGAUCGAGCGACGGCACGGGUCUCUACGCCUCGAGCAUGAGUGAUGCGGGCAUGAGCAGCAGGAAGAUGCAGAUUCUGGAGGAGACACUGUCGGAGCAUUUCAAGGUGCUCAAGGCGUACCUGGGGCCAUAUCUAAAUGACGAGAAGGGGAACCCGCGGCCGAGCAGGGCCAAGGACAAGUUGACCAGGCUUUCGGCAGUGCAGUUCCAGGAGCUCAGCACCGACGUAUACGACGAGUCAAUACGUAGGGAGCAGGACCGCAAGCGCGGAGGGCCAGGCGCGCCCGGGAACGACACGCCAAAAUACUUGCUGCCCAAGAACAAUUUCCAUCCCAAGCGUAACCAGGCCCGGCAAAAGCUAUCCACGCUGCCACUAGAGCGCUUCCGCCAACUCGCAACCGAUGUCUUCUACGAGCUCGAAAGGAGAUUCCCCCGUUUCACUAGUGGUGAACCGUUCCCUCGCUCGGCGAGCCCAGCAGGCAGUAUUGCAAGUCGAAUAAGCAACAGAGGUCCGCCGAGCCGCACAGGAACGCCCAACAGCAUGAAUGGGCGCCCACCCCCAGGUCCACAAGGAUAUCGAGGACCACCUCCACAGGGAGGUCCACCAGGCCCACCAGGAGGGCUACGGCCCGGAUCCGCGAACAACGAGAACUCUUUCGGUCGCCCCCUCCCAAAAACGUUUCAGCAAAACACUAUUGUGCCAAACAAGGGCACAUUGGUGGAAGAUGACGAUGAUAGUGCUGCAGAUGACGAUGAUGCAUUCAACCUAGAAGCCGCUGCCGCAAGACGGCAAACCAACAAGAGCGCCAAGAGCAUGAGUAUGGCGCAGGAUAAAGUGGUCAUGGACCUGCAGGCACAAGUCUCAGAGUUGCAGGGCAAGCUCGGUUCCCUGGAAAGUCAAUUACGAGACCGAGAUGAGGAGCUUCUACGACUUCAGAAUAACGAUAAGACACGAGACGGGAACACGGCUUCAGAACGCGCGGAAUGGGACGAGCUGCGCUAUUCCCUUGAGGAGAAGGUAGAACAAGCCGAGAAUCUCAACUCGUCACUUCGGUCCGACAUAGACAGGCUACGCAGCGAGAACGAUGGCGUGGAAAAGAGCUUGCGUGCACAAAUUGCCGAUCUCGAAUCACGAGCUCCCCAACAGGCUUACGAGAAUGGCGGUGGCGAGUUGCGGCAGCGUUGUGAGGCCCUCGAGCGUGAAUUGAGUGAGCAACAACAAGUUACAGAAGAGGUUCGAAGAGAUGCGUCAAUAUUCCUACAAGAGAUGAAAGAGCUGUCGUCGCGCAGCGAUGCCGCUGUAGAAAAAGAGGAACGGUUGGCUACUCAAGUGUCAUUGCUGGAGACUGAAUUGAAGGAUUGGAAGUCCCGUUAUGCUCGGGCAAAGACACAGUUGCGGAAUCUCAAGGCAUCCUCUAUCGGCUUGUCCUCUCUUGCAUCACCAGACAUUGCCAACUACGCUCGCGAUCCCAACUUCAAUACCCCUGAUGGGCUUGUCAAGGAUGUCCAUGUAACCAAGUUCCAGCUCAGCAUCGACGAGCUGCUACAGACUGCACGAAGAGGUCAAUCAGAGCAGACACUUGAGAGCAUGCGACAUGUGGUCAAGUGUGUGCGUGCCAUCACGGGGGACAUCGACAGUACACCCCUUUCACAAGCGCAAUCGCCGAGCAGUAGUAUCAAUGGCGACAUCACAGCCAACCCGGAGAAGCAACAAGCAAAGCUCAAGUCUCGCGUUAGUGCUACCGCCAACAACCUCAUCACAGCUACCAAGAAUCAUGCGACCUCCAGCGGGCUAUCACCUGUCAGUUUGUUGGAUGCAGCAGCGAGUCAUUUGUCCACCGCCGUUGUGGAGCUGGUCAAGUACGUUAAAGUACGACCGACUCCAGAAAACGAGCUAGAUCUUGAGGAUGAAGACGACGACAGACCAAUGCCACUAAAGCCCGCCGUCUAUUCCGCUCACAAUGCAUUCGCGCCACAUAAUGUCAAUGGCAACACCAAUGGCGCCAGUCCAGGGUAUACGCAUCAUCGCAGUCGCAGCAGCAGAGGAGGGAGCAGUGACACUACUGGUUAUAGCACCUACGGCUCGCCUUACAGUGGCUACGACCGCCAAAGUGCAACCAUGAACGGCAUGAGCGACCAGAAAGAUAGCGGCAUGAUGGAGUUCAAGAAUUACCUCGAAGAUCAAACCGCUCUUCUCGUCCAGAGCAUCCAGCCGCUCGUUAAUCUCAUUCGAUCAAACCCCGUCUCCACGCCUGCCGAUGAACAGCAGAUUUACGACCACAUUCAAGACAUCUCACAAGCCGUUGAGGACACCGGCAACAGAACAUACACGGCUGUCAACCAGCUCUCAAAUCCUGCCUUGAAGAAGCACGCCAUUCCAGUUGUCGAAGUCUUGGACGACUGUAGACAAAGCAUGCUGGCCGUUGAUAUAAGAGGCGGGGGCCGUGAAAGGAUUCCUCCACUGGCAUUCAAGACUGCUCGAGCGCUCAAGGAACUCGUCCUCCGCGUUGAUCGUAUCGAGUCCGGUGAACUCACCGCGGACCAGACGCUCAAGACCGAACUAUAAUCUUAUCAAACUUGCACGUCCAUUCGUUGCUUUUUAGCAAUAUAGCAUUUCUCCGGCUUAAAUUUUUUAUCUGUUACCGGCAUUCUGUCGCACACGGCAUGGCGUUCUUUAGCGACGACUUUUUUGACUAUCAUCUCACGAGCAAUGCAGCUCGAGCCACGCU